AUGUCAUUCUCUAUUUCCUAUAUUGCCUUUCAUUUUUUGUAUUUCUUUGAUUUUCUUUCCCUUUCUCCCCCUCUUUCCUUUAUUUUCUUUCCCUUUCUCCCCUUCUUUCCUUUAUUUUCUUUCCCUUUCUCCCCUUCUUUCCUUUAUUUUCUUUUUUAUUUUUUUCUUUAUUUUUUCUUUCUCCCUUUCUUUAUUUUCCUACAUAUUUUAUUUUUUUUUUCCCUUUUUUCUUCCUUUAUUUUCUUUCCCUUUCUCCCCUUUAUUUUAUUUUUCUUCCCUUUCUCCCCUUCUUUUAUUUCCCUUUAUUUUUCUUUUCCCCUUUUUCCUUUAUUUAUUUUUUCCUGCCCUUUAUUUUCUUUUCCCUUUUUCCCCUUUCUCCCCUUUCUUUCCUUUAUUUUCUUUUUCCCUUUCUCCCCUUCUUUCCUUUCUUUUUUCUUUCCUUUCUCCCCCCUCUUUCCUUUCUUUUUUUUCUUUCCCUUUUUCCUUUCCCUUUUUUCUCUUUCCUUUCUUUUUCUUUCUCCCCCUCUUUCCUUUAUUUUAUUUUCCCCUCUUUCCUUUAUUUUCUUUCUUUUAACCUUUAUUUUUUUUUCUCCCAUUCUAUUUCCUUUUUAUUUUUCCUCUUUCAUUCCAAAUUUUUUAUAUUUCUUUUAUUUUUUUCUUCUAUUUCUUUUAUUUCCUUUCCUAUUCUCCCCCCUCUUUCCUGUAUUUCCUUCCGUGUUCAUUCCCUAUUUCCAUUUAUUUUUCCUCUAUUUCUUUGAUUUCCUUUCCCAUUCCCCCCCUCUUUCCUUUAUUUCUUUCUUUUUUCAUUCCCUAUUUUCUGUAUUUCCUUCAAAAUAUUUCCUCUAUUUCCGUUAUUUUCCUUCUCCUUUCUCCCCCCCCCCAUCUUUCCUGCAUUCCCUUUCGUUUUCAUUCCCACUUCCUGUAUUCCCUUUCAUUUUCCCCCCUAUUUCCUGUAUUUCCUUCCCUUUCCCCCACUUUCAACCAAAUUCUCUUUCCCACUUUCCAUCUCGAAUACACUUUCCACAUUCUGACGGCUUUUACUCCUUAGAGAUCCAACGACCGACUUACCUAUGUCCAUGUUCAACAGCUGACUAA